ACAACUCAAACCCUCACCCGAAAACAGUUCAUUCCAUUCUUCACAAUCCACCGUGAUUUAAUUAGCUGUGAUAAAAGUGCUCCUGUAUAUUGUGGUCUUGUUGUAGUCGGUACCUUAGAGCUUUGUAGCAACAGAACACUGAAAAGCCUCCCAUGGCAAGACAUAUUACCACCUUUUCGCAGACAGUUUCCUUGCUCUGUAUCUUCAAGGCUCCCUUUGAUAGUGUGUAUAUACUUGCGUCAUUCUUAUGCAACAGACUACCGCAGUUUCUUCCUCUUGUCCAGUCUCUUCCUUUUUCUGUCGUAGUCUGUUCUUGUUGCGUAGUGGAUCAUUUAAUCCGUAUGUGGUGACUCUAGAGGGCUUGUCAUGGAUAAACAGCUUGGCCCCAAAGUAGACAGUAGCGACGAUGAGGCUACCACACCCCUUCUUGGCACGCUCCAUUCCUACUUUUCCCGCAAUCUUGACCCUUCUCAUCAUGCUCCUCAUGCACAGUCAUUCAUCAUUCAAAAUCCCUCGAGCACUGCCUGCAUUCGACCUACCGUCACCAUCACGCCACCUCAGCCUGAGAGCACAUCACCACCGGGGUCUCCUUCUUCGACACCAGCAACUCCUGUCACUUCACAACCCUUCCCGGAAUUACCACCAGCCUCUGAGCCAUCGUCCCCAUCCCUGUCCUCUUCGUCUUCACAGUCCUCCCCCUCUUCACCCUUGGAACCUGUCACCAGUCAAAUAUCAAGCAGUUCCUCUCCUUCUCCCCCUAAAUGUAUUUUCUCUUCUGCACCACCUUCAGUAUUACCUCCACAGACCACCACAGUCACAAGUACUUCACCUUCCUCAUUCUCUCUUAUUUCUACCUUUUCUAUCUCGGUCCCUCUUUCUUGUCCCGUCAGUUUAUUUCCUCGUGCACAGACAGAUAGUCCGCCAUCAAUAUCAUCACCUCCACCUGCAUCUACCUCGACUGUCAUCGAUUAUCACCUGAGUUCAAAACCUCGCGCUCGUUGUCAAGUGGCACCGCCACCCAUGCCCUUGCUUGUGCCUUCUUCGUCUUCCGGUAUCCCUGUAAUCUGCCUUCGACAAAACACGCCAGAGAAUACUCCCGUUGUGUCUCCCGCUGUCUCCCCAACACGCACUAACUUACCGCCUUUCCCUUCUCCUUCCCCAACCCAUCCUGCAUCCGCACUGAUCAAUUCCAUUUUAACUUCAUCAACCACGGCUCUUCUGCCGCCCCUCGAACCUUCUCCCUCGAACACCGGCCCCAGUGGCAACGAUGGUCACCCCCAUCACCACCACGCCUUCACCUCCCCAACCCAAGAGGUGGAUCCUAACGACUCGUCGGAUCCUCCCGACACUGAGACGGGUGACGAUGAUGGCGAUGACGAGGACACGUCAAAGAGCGGCGGGUGCGUUGGGUUGAAGAGGCGCUGUGGGGCACACCGCCCUUCCUUGCUGAUUCCCGAGGCCCCUGAACAGCACCAACGACGUGCUUCUUUACUCUCUACACUCUCCGUGUCACCCAGCACCGGCAGGCGCCCAUCAAUCGCCUCACUACUGAGUCUCACGCCCUCCCUCGCCGCUCGACGGUUCUCCUUCAACAUCGGGGGUUCUCAUGCCCGGUCGGACCAGAUGGUUUCUCUGAGCUUCAAGUCCUUGGAAUCGUACAUCUCGGAGGACAACCUUCCUGGCUUGCAAUCUUUCUUGGCCUCACGGUCCGUGGUCAUCGACGACAAAGAUGAAAAUGGGGCGACAGCGCUCAUCAUCGCGGCAGGAAAGGGAAAAGCCGAAUUUUGCAACGAACUCAUCGUUCAUGGAGCAGAUGUCAAUGCCGAGGACAAUGACCAGUGGUCAGCUCUCAUUACGGCGACUAAAGAAGGUCACGAGGCGACAGUGGCAGCCUUGCUGGAACACGGUGCCAAUGUCGACCAGAAGGAUAUGGGAGGGUGGACAGCUUUGAUGUGGGCGUCAUACAAAGGCCACACCAGCCUAGCCAAAAUGUUGCUCAAUCACAAAGCAGAUCCUAAUGCCCAAGGUCAGCAUCACAUGACAUCCCUCGUGUGGGCAGCAGGUCGAGGACAUACGGAGAUUGUCCAUGACCUGCUUGCACACGGAGCCAAGGCCAAUAUCGGUGAUAAAUUUGGCACUACUCCUCUUAUCUGGGCAUGUCGGAAGGGCUAUUACGAGAUUGCUGAUGAUCUCCUUAAACAUGGGGCCAAUGUCGAUGCUUCCGGUAUGUAUUCUUGGACACCACUUUUGGUAGCGACCAGAGGUAACUACAUUGACCUAGUUCAUCUCCUCAUAGAACACCGUCCUAAUCUCAAUGCUUUAGACAAAGACGGUGGUACAGCUCUAACGAUUGCCUGUAAAGAAGGGUACACGGAUAUAGCUACGGCCCUUCUGAAUGCUGGGGCUUACGUAAAUAUGCAGGAUAGAAAUGGCGACACGAACCUUAUUUACGCUGCCAGAGGUGGUCAUAAGGCUGUUGUCGAGGCUCUGCUGAAGAAAUAUGGUGAUGUGGAUGUAAUUGGGAAGGAUAAAAAGACUGCUUUAUACUGGGCUGUGGAGAAAGGUCAUACCGCUGUUGUCAAGGUCCUUUUAAGUGCGAAUCCAGACAUUGAACAUAGUACGAAAGACGGAGACACUGCACUUUUACGAGCGGUACGCACGAAAAAUGCCGAAGUUGUCCAGCUUCUGGUCGAUAAAAAAGCGAGAGUGUCUAUUGCUGAUAAAAAGGGCGACACUUGCUUGCAUAUUGCAAUGCGAGGACGAUCGAAGAGAAUAGUCGAAAUUCUGCUACGAAAUCCAAAGAACAGCCAGUUGCUUUACCGUCCAAAUCGUGCCGGUGAAACACCAUACAAUAUCGAUCUUUCCAACCAAAAAACAAUCCUUGGGCAGAUAUUUGGUGCACGUCGACUGAACACCAAUGAAGAUAACGAAAACAUGUUGGGCUACGACCUCUAUUCCUCUUCCAUGGCAGAUAUACUAAGCGAACCGUCUUUAUCAAUGCCUAUCUCUGUGGGCCUUUAUGCCAAAUGGGGCUCUGGGAAGUCAUUUUUAAUAAGAAAACUAAAAGAGGAAAUGGGUAGUUUCGCCCGCCAGUGGGUUGAACCUCUAUUUCAGUUUUCUCCGUUAGUGCUGUUACUGGUAAUUCAUUUAGCCUUGCUCAUGGGUCUCAUUACUGCUGUGCCAACUAAAUCGUGGAUUGUUGGUGUGGCCACUGGUGGUGGUGUGUUUCUUAUUCUGACUCUGUUUCUUGUGGCAGUAUGGCAUGGAUCAAGGAGAUACGAUUGGCAUAUAUGGUAUAGAUGGAGUGUGGUACUGGAAAGGCAGAUGGCCGCUUUGAAACUGGUGCUUCAAGUAAUAUUUUGCUCUCCACCUGGACCUCAGUGGAAGGAGUGGAAAGAUGGUGUACAGGCUAGACCUCUCAAAUUUAUCUUUGCUGAGGGAGCAAAGCCUAGUAGUACAGCAGCUGGUGAAAAUUCUGUGGUUCAGAUGUUAGGAUCCCUCUUCGAUAUGGUUGAAAGGGAAUACGGAAUGUUUGCCACUCGAUUUUACAGAGCAUUCAGACCUAAACCUCAGGGGACAUCUGCUCCAUGGAAGUAUCGAAGGCUGUGUUGUAUGCCCUACAUUGUCAUCUUCUUUGUAACACUAGUCUGCCUGGUCACAGUCUUCGUUAUAACUGGGAUUUAUGGUUUUCAUGCGGAAACACCACUGGAGGAGGAACCCCCUACAAUGACCGCACCCUCUAAUAAUGAUGCAGACAUGACUGCAGAAGACGAGAAUGCUAGUGGUGAAUCUGUAGAGGAAGAGGAUUAUGUUGAUACACGACCAUUCCAUGGGCAUUUAAUGAAUCCAUUGUUAAUCACUCUUGGUGUUUUGGUUGCCAUGGUAGUUGUGGCUAAUCUUCACACACUAGCAAGAAUGUUUGGUUCCCUCAUCUUUUCUCAUCGAAGACAUCUCCUUCGUGCCGUUUCAAAGCUGGAUACCAUCAAAGCUGAAGGUUACUUACAAACUCUUAAAGCCGAGGUCAACCUUAUGGUUGAGAUGGUGAAGUGUCUAGAUGCUUUUACAAUACAACAGACACGUUUAGUUGUAGUGGUUGAUGGUUUGGACAGCUGCGAACAAGAAAAGGUACUCUCAGUUCUCGAUGCUGUACAUACACUUUUCACAGACUCGUCGGCGCCAUUCAUCAUUCUCUUAGCAAUUGAUCCACAUAUCAUCACCAAAGCUAUAGAACUACAUGUUCAUCGCGUUUUCAAUGAAUCUUCUAUUAGUGGCCAUGACUAUCUUCGAAAUAUUGUUCACUUACCAUUUUAUCUACAAAAUUCAGGACUGCGGAAAGUAAAACAAGCUCAACAAGCAGCUGAGCGUAGUAAAAGCCGUAGUCAGAAUACUUGGUUGGAGGUUGAGACAGAUUCUGUUAGCAUUGCAACUACUUCUGCCAUGGGUGGCAUCAGCCAUAUACCAUUAAAACGUGGUUUAUCAACUGAAAGCGGAUUCAGUUUUCCUAUACCAGCCAAUCGUCGCCUGUCAUCAGAGAGUGGUUUAAGUACUACGCUGAACCUUCGUCGUAACAAUAGUAAAAGCAGUCGUAGGACCUUGAAACCUUCAGAUUCGAUAGCUUCUAGUAUUGGAUCAAACCUGAAUAGGGUUGGUGGUGCUCAGGACCUAACAAAGGUCUUAUUGACAGAUGACUACUUUAGCGACAUUAAUCCUCGUUCUAUGAGGAGGUUAAUGAAUGUUGUAUAUAUUACAGGAAGGUUACUAAAAGCAUUUAACAUUGAUUUCAACUGGUACCAUUUGGCUUCUUGGAUAAACAUAACAGAACAAUGGCCAUAUCGGGCAUCAUGGCUUAUUCUGUAUUAUGAAGCUAAUGAAGAUUCUUUAGAGGAUAAGAUGUCACUAAAAGAUCUUUAUGAAAAGAUAAAACAUCAAAUACCAAAUUCAAAAGAUAUUGAGCCAUUACUGGAAAUGGAUAAAGAAGAGAAGAAGUUUGAAAUUUUUCUGUCCAUGCACAAGAGCUCCUUGCACAUCUCCAAUCUAAAAGUCUUCCUUCCUUUCACUAUAAACCUUGAUCCGUUCAUUAGAAAGGUUAUAAAAGAAGAUCAGCCACAGUUUGAUGAAGCUGCCCCACACUUCACUGCAAACCCCACAAAUCAUUGGUCCUUCCAGCCAUUUGAUGUGCAGAGCAAAGCUUCAACCACAAACAGACGAACGAGUUUCCUCCAGCCUCCUCUGAGAGCAAAUCAAAAGAAUUCUACAGCGAGUAUGCCUCCUGGAAUGAACCCCCUUAUGUGGGGUUAUGGUCCACACUUUUUACCGUCUAUUCAGUCUGCUCCUUCAGUUGAUUAUAAUGUCCCAAUGAGUAUAAGUCAGCCUCUUAGCACAACCCAAGCAGCAUUACCGGCUGAAGCAGCUGACAAAAAGCUUUCGACACUGUCAAUUGAGGGCUUAUUUGAAAUAUUUAGUAAAGUUGAGGGUGUGUCUAUAAAUAUGUUACCAUCUUACAAAGAACGUUUAAUGGAACACAACAUCAAUGGCAAAGUACUGCUCCACUGUAAUUUAGAUGACUUGAAACAGGUCUUACAUAUGAACUUUGGUGACUGGGAAUUGUUCAGAGUGUUAGUGUUGGGGCUCAGAGAAAGAGAGGCAGAUGAUGAAUAUAUAAGUAAGAAUGUCAGAUUUGUUGACCCACUCCUGUCAUCUGGUCAUGAUGGUGCUGAGGACAGCAUGGCCCCAAGCAGUCUGAUCAGCAACAGCAGCAGUAAUGAAGGUUCCCUUGUACGGCGGGGAUCAAGUCGGUCAUCUACAAGUUACACCGGGAACAAGGAACGUGAGGAGGUCCACACCUCGGUUCGUAAAAUGGCCAAACAGAACCUCCUUGCGAAACAGAAUACCACAAAAUUCAGGCCAAAGGCCAAGCGCUGGGACCUAUGAAGUCAUUCAGCACUGAAAAGGAAAUUGACAGUAAGUAGGUUUGAAAAGUGUAACGUUUUGGGCAUAGAAUAUGUCCAUGCUUCCCAUCUCCUUUCAAUGUGGGAAUCAGCUAUGUAACUACUUGGUAAGUUACAUAUAUAAAAAUGACAUUUUUAUAAUAAAAUUCAGUAAUUAUGUACCAGUGUACAUAAUUACUGAAUGGGAGCCCACCUGCCUCCCCUAGCAUGGACAUAGGAAUCAACAAAUUGAAAAGCUUUGCCUAGUUGUUCAUCUCUUUCCUGAAAGUGGGCAGGGCUAUUUACCUACACCAAAACAAAGGAAUCGCUACCACGAAUUUCAAAUUUUAGCUGCCAUGCUAGUUAGAAGCUAUAGUUAUGUAACUACUUGGAAAAUGUAACCUCAUUUUAUUAUAAAAGUAAUUUUUACUUUUUUAACCAGUACGUACUCUACCUAACUGUAUUUAAUCCAUGCUGCAGCUAACUUGUUGCUUUGUUUAGAAGGAACAAUAGAAUGCCAGGCAAAUUUCAUAGUACAUAAGUGUAAAAUCUUCAUAACCAGGAUAUGUCUAUUCUAGCUGAAGGAGAUUGAAGGCAGCUCUCUCUAAACCAAAUAUACAUACUAGUAAAAUCCUUUUAUCUGGAUUAUAUAUAAAUACUUCCAGCUGUAAAUUAAAUCCCAGUAGGAAGUGAAACUUCCAAGACUACAAUUUUUCUCAUUUCUGUAUUUUGCAAUUUUUGACCCCAGCAAAGACAUGUGAAUGACUUGCAGGCAGCAGUGUUUCUUGCUUCAGUGGAAUCUGUGGUUGCUAUUGUUAUCCCAGAGCAUACAAGCCUUCAGUGCAGUAGCAGAUAUGAUAGUUCCUGAGUAAGUGCUAAAAAGUGUCAGCAAGACAGUUGAAAUAAGUUGAAGAGCUAGUAGACUGGGAAGUGCCGCACAUACUAUAAGUUAAAGGGGGAAACUGACAUUCACAACCCCUACAGGAAGCUUGUGUGUUUGCAAUAUCCUGUAGUGUGUUGUGAUGAAAUAAAUAUAAGUACCAACUUUAAUGGUAAGCAACCAGGAAGUCUUCACAUUGAAAUUAUGCAGCCAGUUUCUUAUGGUCAAGUAAGGAUAAACAGUUUGCAGAAUACAUUGCAAAGACUGUAAGGGAAGACAUUGACCUGAAAGCAUUAACUAGAUCUGGGCACAAACACUAUGAAGAGUCAAAUUCCCAAAAUGGGAAACGCUUGCUGCAUGGAACAGCAAGGUUUAGGUGUUUGCUUGGGUGAAAUUGAUUCAGAUUUGAAUUCCUGUUGACAUGAAACUGAUUUUGUUUUGAUGUAUACAUAAAUACUAUAAUGAACUCAGUUAUUACUGUACUCUGGUCCCAGAGAUGAAUUAUGAUUCUUUGAAACUGGUCACUGAAACAUAUUUUGUAUUCAGGAAGCUGGUGAUCAAGUAGUACAGUUGUUUGUAUUUUGGUUUCCUUUAAGAAUCAUCUCCCACAGAACAAUUGAUUGUCUUUAGUUAUCUUUAGGAAUCCUCUUCCAUUAAACAUGUAAUUUUAGUAAAUCCAUCAUGUUCAUUGAAGAGAAAAGGUAAGAUUGUAUCAAAAUUGAGUAGUAUUUGGUGUUGAAUAAUUAUUGUGGUUGGAGUGCAAAAGGGCAAGAAAACAUGCAAUUACUGCUUGUGUUCCAUUGCAUGAGUUCUGUAGGUUGGGGAAAAAUUUUUGUUUGUGAGGGAAAUGAAGUUUUAUUACUACUCUCAAAGACAGUUGACAAGUCAUAAAUUGUAUUUUUUUAUACACUUCAAUCAUUAUCAACUCGAGUUGUACAAGAAGACAAUUGUUAUCAACUCGAGUUGUACAAGAAGACAAUUGUUAUCAACUUGAGUUGUACAAGAAGACUUCCCAAUGACAGUAGCUAGUGUUAUGAACCAUGGAUCUGAAUUUGGACUCUUGUGCAGUACAUGAUGUAUUGCUGUGUAAAGGAAAGUUGUUAGCUACCAAUCUCAAGCCGAGAAGAUAGUCAGGCAAGAAACAUGUUACCUACCAAUUUCACUCCCAGAAGACAGUCAUUACCAAAUGCCCUAAUUGAUUCAGUCAGACAUAUUAUAUAUUUGGAACUGACUUUGAUUGCUUAAAGAUUCCCUCAGAAAUGUUAUUAAAUCCUGAACUGGAUGAUGGAGCAUGAGAAAGUUUUUUUUUUACACUAUUUGAUGGAUCUCUUCAGGCCACUCUAACCUGCAGGGCUCAUCACAUAAGGUUGUUAUUGUAGUCUUCUAUAGAACGUCUAUUCUGAAAUGGUUGUGGUAACUUGGUUAAAAUAUUGGCAUUCUGUGGAUUCACAGAAGCCUUACUUGGGCCAUGACAUUUCAUUAGCACUUACCCUCAUGGUUCCUGUAAGCUGACACCAUGGAGCCCACAUUGCCUUGCUCCUCCAGGUCACCUGAGUGGACUGAGUGGAGACGGGUUUGAGGUAUACUGACCCUUCUUACUCCAAAGUUGCUAAUGAUUUUUCAGGCAGUUAUUGUAUGCCUAACUGUAAAAUAUACAAAACCAGUUUACUGUAUUAGCUUACAUACACUAUUUCUUUUAUGAUCAACUACAGAAAGAAACAAAUAUUAAACAUUACUCUCAAGCACAACUCUUCUUGUAAUUCCAUUUUUAUUGACUUUAUAUUUAUCUGCUCUGCCCAGGUGGUCGUAAGGAAUAUCAUAGAAAGUAGUUACUGCAUUCAAUUUUCUCAUUACUGUAGUUUUCCACAGUCAAUUGGGAAUUCAUUUUCUGCUAUUCCUCAAAUAAACUGGCUAUUUGAUGUAACUUAUUGAUCAAGAUGUAACUGAUGAGAUUAACACAGGGACUAGCAGACAUUCACUGUCCCUUUGUGAGCAUUCCUUUACUUUCGUCCCUUUACUCAUUAUUUCAUUAAACAGGUAUUGUUAUAAAACAGUUGUUUAUGGUGAGUUAUGCAUAUUUUACCUAUCACAAUAGGCCAUAAUUUUUAAAGUCUUUGGAAAAGGACACAGAUUUUGAAGGUAUUUCACAAAUUGGACUAGAAUACUCAACAAGUAAUUGAUCUCUUCAGCAGUUUCAUUUAUAUGUAUACUUGCUCUCUUCAACUCGUAGAGGUAGAGAGAUGACACUCUCCAAUUUGGAUUUAAUUAUUUCACAGGAGACUGGAGUCUUUCUUUGCUUGUCAAUGAUUAAGUUUUUGGUUAGCAUUCUGUCAGACUGAGCACUUUAGCAAUUGUAAAAUAUGAUGUUUGUAUUUAAGGAAUAGGAAAUGUAUUUAAAAUGUUAUUAUGAAUGCAUGCUUUCUGCAUGUGUAAAAUAUUAAAACUUAUGACUGAAAUAUUUACACUUCUAAUGGUUUCAGUGAUUAAAGAUUGCAUGUUGUUAAGGACAGCCUAUGCUUCAUUAUUUAAUAGAGUAACUAAGGUUUUCACAUCUAUACAUUUUUACAUAUACAAUCAUUUACUGAGUGAACUAAUUAUUCGUGGCUUACUUGUAGCUUUAUUUUAUUAACAUGUGCAGGGGAAAGGUUAUCAUACUACAAGGAUACAAAAGUGGACAUGAAAGCAUUACAUAUAUAUUAUUUCUGCAAGUGUUUGUCACAAAAUAAAAUAGUCUUGUUUUCCACUGGUAUAUAUUGGCGUAAAUGUGCUUGCUCAUUUCUGCACCCUUCAAAUUAUUGUGUCAAAAUCUUCUGUCAAAGUUGGAAUUGAUUUGUACCUAUCAAAUAAUGCAUAGUUUCUUUCAUGCCAUCUUGCUGCAUGGGUUUUGAAUCUAGCUUUUAUUCUUUUUAACAUUGUCUACAAUGAAAAAUCUGAAAACUGUUUAUUCCAGAACAAAGUGCAAAUAACUAACAAUCAUCAAGUGACUGCAUGAUUACUUUAGAAAAUCCUUGCAAAAUUUGGGUGAUGGUUAAAUUUAGUAAGAAAAAUAUGAAGACUUUGUCUUGUGAAAACAAUAAUAAUACACAGUGUAGGUGUGCAUGAUUUAGCUGACCUAGUGGAAAAGUAAAAUACGGUGGUGGGCAUUGUUAAGAACAUAUGUUGUACACUAGACUGAAGGGUAUAAACACACUGGAUUUGUAGGCAUCACUUAACGAGGCGUACCUGGGCUCGGACAUUGAAGAAGACUACAACACACCAACUCCAUCGGUCAAGGGUCCUCAGAUGUGGGUUUAAACAACAACGCCAACAAGAUCAACACAACUGGAGUUGGGGUCUAACAACCACGAGCUCUGCUUCCUCCAAAUAUUUCAAGUUAUAUACAAUAGUUCUCCCUGUAUGAAGAGCUUUGGCUGUGAUAAUUUACAUUAAAUAUAGUAUGUAAUCAGAAAUGGAUGCAUUUUAUGAGUUGAGCAGGUCCUCAACUCAAGUACUACUGUUAUCAUGUCCUAAUUAUGCGUAUGUUGUAUGUUCUGAUGCGUUGAAUCCAAACUGCUGAGGGCUCCCACACUUUAUACCUGUGAAGAUAACUGCUACUGAAGGAACAUCAAGGAAUAUUUCCAGUAACCGUCUCCACUGAAUGAACACUUCUUUUGGCUACUGUGCAGCUGUCAGGAAAAUGAAGAAAAUGUAUUAGUUGUUAGCACUUAUAAUUUAUCUGUAGAUAAAACAAUUGUUAGUCUUUUCUCAUUUUAAUAUACAUCUGUGAUAUUUGUUAAACUGAACAUUUAUUAAAUAAAUAAAUCCUAAUAUCAUGAUUGGAAAAGUACUACUACUAGCAAAAAUGCCAGAUUUUUUAAUCUUACAGUUUAACAGAAAAUAAUUUAAUCAAAAACUUGCCACUUUAAUAAACUGGCAUAUUUUUAAGUGUGUAAUUUUGUAGAAAUAGUAAAUUUGUUUUUAAUUAA